UUCAAUUCAACAUGACAUCAAAUUUCUUGAACCCAACUAGAGAGUGCUUUUUUCCAAUAAUUUUUGUUUAAAUGAAUAAUAUUGUUGUUGACAAAAUAAAGUCACGAACUAAGAAUGAAUGGGAUCUGUUCGGUACUCUAGAUUAAUGAAGCCUAUUUCAGGUAGACUUCUGCCGAGGUUCCAGUGUAAAUGUAAAAGACUCAUUUACGGACAGAAGUGAGUUGCAUCUCGCAUUUACCAUGAAGUUCAUACUACUCGUCUUAGCAUUAAUACAGAUUUGUUGUGUUGAGCCGAGAUACGUACUGGUGCCCCAAUGUCAAUGUGUUUAUACUCAACUCAGACCAGAAUUUCACGAUGAAAAUAUUUCUUAUCAACGUAAAUACUACCCUGGUCAUUACGAAGAAGAUUUAGAAAUAGACACUCUUUUGUACGAGGAUGAAGAUCAUGAAGUGAGACAUCGAAGGAGUGUGAUCUAUGAAGACAGUCAUCAUCAUAGUGAUGAUCAUGUGCAUGGAGAGAUACACAUUGGAAAGAGAUACAUCGAGGAUUGGGAAGAUGAGGAGGAUGAAGAAGAUGGAAAAUUAGCAGGGGAGUUAAAUAAUUAUGAAGUGGAGUCCAGUGAUGAAGGAGGGGAAGCUGUCAGUAUGGAAGGUGAUUUGAAUCUCAGCAAUAUUGUGAGUCAAGUUGAUGAAAAAUCUAUAGAUAAAGAAAAAAAUGGUGAGACUAAGGGAGAACAAAAUACGGAAGUGAUGAGACCAGUUUCUGAUGGUAUUUAUUUAGAUAAUCGCACAGCUAAAACGAAAAACAAACGCAGUAUAGAUGAUCAACAAUUCAGGUAUCAAUACAGACCCUCAAACCAAGGUUACUGUUCCGUACUUGACAGAUACAGUGAAAUUGGCAAUGGUUUAGGCCAACAUACAGACGACUGCACAAUCAGCAAGAACCUAUUCUUCGGUUGUGAUAAGGAAUUAGAAAAUGAAAACAAAAAAGAAACACAAAGAAAAGCUAGAAAAGUGCUGAAGACAUUGACUCAAAAGAUCAACGAAUUGAAGGUGAAAAACGACAAAUUGAAAAAUGAAGCUAAAUUGAACAAAUCAAAAGACGCGAAGAAGGUUAGCAAACUGGAGAACAAACUUAAAAAAGAUGUCUCAGAUCGUCUCAGAAACAAACGCAAAAAUAGAGAGGAAAGUGAGAUACGUGAGUUGGAGGGAGAGGGGACAAGCUGUGCUUGUGGAUUGUACGAUAGGAAUGGAGUCUGUUCCUGUCAAAUGCAAAAUUAUUAUAAUCCGAUUCCUGCACCAGUCUACUAUACAAAUCCAGCAAUGCAGAGAGUCUCUUCAUAUCCUGUGCAGAGAGUUUAUCGUCAAUAUGCGCCACCAAUGCCAUUCCACGUCUAUCAUAGGCGUUAGAAUGGCCUUAUAAAAUAUUGUAUUUUUGAAAUUUUAUAAAUGUUUUUUACGUUCUGCCACAAU